UAUUUAGUGUAUGAAAACUAUUUACUUAAUAACCAAGUGUAGUUUCAAUGGCCUGCAGUGGGCAGUAAUUUCCUUUUAAGAACAGCGAUGCAGAAAAAUAUCAGACGAAGUAGAGAACCCCGGAAACUAUGACAAGAUGGCGGAAAGUGAAAACAGCAGCGAUAUGAGACAGCCGUCAAAUUCAGACGCUGGACCUCCUAAAUUAUCCGAGCUGCUGGAUCGUGGGUGGAAGAUAUUUAAGGAGGUGGACUGUACAGAUGAACCACUAGGUUCCAACAGCAUCCAGGUGAGACUGAAACGCGGAAUCGGUAUGUUAGAAGAAGCGUCCAGAAUGGUAGCUCAGCUCGACCUGUUCAGCCGUAACGAGGAGCUGGAGGAGGUCGCCACGGCGGACCUGAAGUACCUGCUGCUGCCCGCUCUCCUAGGAGCGCUUACCAUGAAGCAGACCAGCAGGGGCAACCGUCUGGGCAUAGUCCAGACAGCCCGGGCUUACUUCAUGGACUUCCUGCGGAGAUGUAAAGAGUAUAACAUAUCACAGUUUGAGCUGCCAGCGUCGACGGAUGAAGACACAAGCGGUUUCGACGAAGCUUCUGAAAAUGGACUCUCUGCAGCCAUGGUGAGUGGGUUUCAGAACAGACAAGACAGAGAGCCGCCUCAGUCCGGAUCCACACCCUCAUGGUCAGGUAGUCCUGUGCCAAUACAGUGAUACAUCAGUGCAGUAGUUAGCACCACCAUGUGCUCCCGUAGAGGCAGCAGCUGUUACAGUUACUGUCAGCAGGUAAACGAGUGUCGGUAGAUACAGUAGUAACGUUAAAGUACCGACAGCAGCAGCAGCUCCAUCAGUAGCAGAUUGGCUG